CUUACAGAAUUUGAAGAAUAAAGAAAGUCAGAUUUUGUCUUUAACUAAUGAAAUGAAAAAUGUGAAGAAAGACAGAGAUACAAUACUGACACGGUACAGUGCUUUGGCCGGAAGUAAGCUAACACACGGCAAUGCUAACAUUGCUGACCUCAGCGAUGAAAAUCGACCGACAAAACUGGCUGAAAAGUAUUCGGAACUGUAUGACAAUGAGUGGACUGAAGCGUUUAGUUUUCUCACUGCAGAAGACAGAAGAACAUCAGAAGAAGCUUGUAAAAUCAUAGCAAAGGCAUUUUGUUGCAUAUAUUCAGCGUGCAGACAGAAAGCUGAUUGUGACAUGGAGGACUUAAUCGCAAGCAUGAAAUCGUUUUAUGAGGCGGAUAACAUUCCAUCAGAAAUAUUAAAGACCGUUAAAGAUCAAAGGAAAAAACAUCCAAACAGAAAUGUCGACAAAAUAAGGAAGUUGUACAACGAUGACAUGGGAAAAAUACUUCCGACUGAGGAGCAGGAUUCUACGAAUGUUUCUCAAUUCCUGUUGAAAAGCAUUGAUCUAUGUUGGUUGAUGGCAGUACAAGAUCCCCCAGUCUGUAUCGAUACAAAUUUACCACGAAUGGAUGAAAUUUUCAACAUAAACCUUUAUAAACCGUACACAGCCACUGGGAAAUACAUUGCCUUCAUAGUCUGGCCAACACUCUAUCUCUCUCACAGAGGUAGCGUACUGUGUAAAGGCAUUGCACAAGGCAAGAAGUCACAAAAUGUCAAUGUAGAAAAAACCUAUAACACCUUAAGUGAAGAUAAUAAAGGUUCACUAAUACCAUUUGUGAAUAUAUCCAAAGAUAACAAUGGUAGCAGUAAAGUAUCAAAGACUGAUACGACAACGAAAAGUAAUCGAAACGAACAACUGCCACAAAACCGACAAGAGUUAUCUGUCGCACAUUACAGUCAUGAGGUAAAUGGUGCAAAAAACGAAAAGUUUAAUAAAAGCACCGACGACAGAAGGCGCGUGUUUCGAGACAAGGAUUAUAAAAAUCCACCACAAACAACGAGCGAUGCAAAAGAUGAACACAAUCCAAAGUCUUCCGCUGAUGUUCCAAAUCUUUCUAUAUCAAAUUCUGAAGCCGCUAAAAAAACUAACUUCAAAACAUGGUAUAGUGCACAACAAUCUGGUUCGAAACAAGGAAAGAACGUUACAACCAUUACCGCCACCAAAAUGUAGUACAUGUACUAGAAAUAUUCAAUAUGUGGUUAAACUAUAACUGUUAACCCCGGUUUAAAUAUAUACUCAGCGUCACUGAAAAGUUACCACCCUAAUGGCCCUUAUAUUUUAGAAAUCGCAUUGGACUGUGUUAAAAGCAUAACUCGACUACAUUUUUGACGCAACUGAGACGUCAUUGGUGUAAAGAUUUGUCAAAUUCGAUAACUUGAAUUCGAUGAGUUUGAGGCACGGGCUGCACGUGCAAAAUGACUUUUUCGAGCAAUGUCGACAUGUACGAAAAUUAUAUCGCAAAUCAUUCAUCCCCCUUGAAAGUUAGCCGACGGACUAAAAGGAAUACGUUAAAAAACAGAUUAUCUUUGCCAAGAAUGUAACGUUUAAGGCACGAUCAUCGCCAUCAGGCCAUUUGCAUGGUUGACGCCGAACUUUCAUGUCGUGACAUUGCACGUCGUAUGUGCUGUUCUCACCUGACAGACAUGAAAUGGGUUAGGAGCAUGACCAGACAGGGGCUAUGAGUAAUAGACCGCGCACAGGCCAUUAAAAAGUAACGUCGAUAUUGUAUAAAAAAAUAAAGAGGUAUAUAUUAAAAGGUAACUUUUCAAUGACAUCCAGUAUACAAUUAAUACGUCUUAAGUAUGAUGUUAAUUAGUUUCCUUAUGUUUCAUUUCUUUUUUAAAUGUUUGUAUUCAUUCAAGUAGCACAUACAUAUGUAAUCAAAAUUAAUACACAAUUAAAUAUUUAAACACACAA